UAACGCCCAAGCAAGAGAGAGGAGUUGAAAAGAAAGGGAAGAAAAAAUAAACCGUAAAGAAAAAGGGGGAAAAAAAUAAAAUGAAACCAAAGCCAAGAAAUGGGGAAGAAGAAGGGGGAAACCCUAGGUCUCGCAGCGGAGGCGACGAGAGGACGAUGGAGGCGGCAAGAUGAGCAUCGUCGAUGGCGAGAUCGGGCGAUCCGGAGCGCGAGAUCUGGGGGACGUGGGAGGAGCUCCUGCUUGCCUGUGCCGUUAACCGCCAUGGCACCCGGAGCUGGGACUCCGUCGCCAUGGAGGUCCAGGCCCGGAGCCCCUUCUCCCACCUCCUCACCCCGCAAAACUGCCGCCAGCGCUACCGCGACCUCCAACGCCGCUUCGCCGUCGCCGCCGGGAUCGACGGUGGCGCCGACGCCGCCGGCGAUGACGCGGCGGCGGCGGAAGUCCCCUGGCUCGAGGAGCUCCGGAAGCUCCGUGUGGCCGAGCUGCGGCAGGAGGUCGAACGAUACGAUCUCUCGAUCGUGUCUUUGGAAUUAAAGCUUAAAAAGCUUAAAGAAGAGCGAGAACGGAGCUUGCGUGAGACGGAAUCCGGCGAGCGAGAGGAGGAUCCGAAGGAUGACGGUAAGAAAGUGGGUGGAUCGCCGGGAUCGACGCCGGGAUCGUUCUCCGGAGAUCGCAUCUCCGGCGGAGAUUCCGGCGGGUCUUCCAAUGAGUCGAAUUCGAAAAAUCCGAAGGAUGAGGGAAAACCCGGCGGGGAGGACGGGAAGCCGGAGGAGAAUCCUGGAUCCAGCGGAGGGGAAGCCGAUCCGACCGCCGGUAGGGGCGAGAAAGCUGCCGGGGAAGGGUCAUACAACGGCAGCUCGGAUACGAUAGCGAAGGGCGCGGCGGCGGCCGAGGCCGGCCUUCCGCGGCCGCAGACGGGCGAGUCUGGCGAGUCGGUGGCCGAGUCGAAGGGUGGCGAGGCGGAGACGGAGAGGGAAAAGGAGAGCAGCGACGUCCAGAGCUCCGCCAGCCGGUCGAGGCGUCGGAAGGGGCGGCGGGGGAAGGCGGCGUCCGGCAGUAGUAGCGGCGGCGACGAGCAGGAGGCGGACGAGGACUCCGUCAUCGCCAAGCGGAUAGUCGCUGAAUCACAGCCGUUGGCGUCCUUCCUCGAGAUCAUCCGGUCGCACAAGUACGGUUCUGUUUUCGAGCACCGGCUCGAGAGCCAGGAAAGUGGUGAGUACCGGAGUGUGAUACGGCAACACGUGGACCUAGCGAUGGUGCGAGCGAAGCUGGAGCGCGGAGUCGGGAGGGCGUGUACGGGCGUGGAGUUCUUUCGCGAUCUACUGCUCCUUUUCAACAACGCCAUUGUCUUCUACCCCAAAGAUUCUUCCGAGUCCACCGCGGCGGUUCAUCUCCGGCAACUCGUCGCCAAGGAGAUGGCUGCAACCAUCCGGAAGCUGGCGCGAACGCCAUCCCCGGCGGUGGAAUCUGCGCCGCCGCCUCUGCCGCCUCCCCCUCAGCCGAAGCAAGUCGUAACUAAGCUCAAGAAGGAUCCGGACUUGGCCGGCUCGUUACCUGAGAAACCCUCUUCCUCAACUCCCAUAGUCGCGUGUCGGAAGCGUAGCUGCAUCUCCAACAAGGCCAAGAAGGAGGAGAGGGACGAGAAGCAUGAUUCGGAUCGGAAGGAGCGGGAGACGGAAGAGCAAAACCUCAGCGCCAAGAAGAGUAAUGCCAAAGAAAGAUCCGCGACAAGAGGCUUGAGGACCAACAAGAGCCGCAGCGGAACUAGAGCAGGAGGAGAAGGAGGUGCGGCGGUGGGAAAGAGCCCGAACCCCGCUCCCGCUCCCAGCCCCAAAUCCAAGCCUGCGGAGAGCACGGCGGCGGCGGAAACGGCGGUUAAGGUGGAGAAGAAGAGCGGCGGCGGGGCGGCCGCGGCGUCCAUGGAGAAGAAGCGGAGUCCCGCGAGCUUCUUGAACCGGAUGAAGCGGAGCUCGCCCUCAUCCAACGGGACGUUGCUGGAGAUGCUGAAAGGAUCGUCCUCCGAGGGCAGCGUAAGAGGAGCGGAGCAGAGGAGGGGGGGGAAAGGAGACCGGAAGGGCCAUGGCUCCCGCCAGGAAGGCGGCGCCACCUACGCGAAGAAAGCACCAGAGACGAGCGCUCCGGGAAAGAGGAGCGUGGGGAGGCCGCCGAAGAGGGCGGUGGCUCCGCCUACCCCAACGCCGGCGAAGAGGGCGAGGGGAGGCGGAGGCGGCGCCUGCUAAGCCGCCGUCGGCGUCUACCAGGAAGCGGGCGAGGAAGUGAGCGCGGUAGGUUGGAAUUGCGCUGUAAGUUAUGUAUUAUCUGUAGCCGUUUCAUGUUAUUAUUGUUUAUUUUGUUUUCUUUUGGCUAAAAUUUCCACGAAUUUUACUGAAUUAGCAUCCGCUGUUACGUACAA